UUUACAGUCUGCGCAAUGCAAUCUGGGAGGAAUGGAAACAACUUCAAUCCUUUCGCCACCAUUGAUUGGAUGGCGUAUCAAGGAGCACCCCCCGAGGGAAUGACGGGAAGAAUCAAAAUGACAAAAUGGUGGUCAGGAACGAAUUGUGCAGAUGUGACGUUUCGAAAGGACAAGUUUAAGGAUUCACCAGUUGUUCUUGUCACAUCUGAUCACCAAAGAAGUGGAAAGGAACACGACGCUGCGUUUAUCUGGACAGAAGAUGUAACCAAGAACUCGUUCAAGGCUUGUUUGCGGGAGCUACAAAACUUUGACGGCAAGCAUCAGGACAUUUAUGUGACCUGGUUGGCCUUUGCUAGGCUGCAUAAACCGUUCUUCACUGAAUAUGGCUCUGUAAACUUUGCAAACACAAAUCCGCCAAGAGAUGAAGACAACAAUGCCUACUGCGAGUUUGUGCACUUUACACGAAGUUACAAUGCAACACCAUCUGUCCAAAUAUCUGCCACUCACAGCACAACAGCAAGUGGAAACUUGGCACCAGUUCACAACGGUAUUUCUACGUGGAUUGAGAACAUGAAUGUGUCUGGAUUCAGAGUAUGUGUCAAGGAAUUGUACGAAACCAGAUAUGAUCCUGUUUCAGUGAGUUAUGCAAUCCUCACAGACAUCUGUGAUCCCGGAUGGAGCUACUUCAAUGGAUUCUGUUAUUUCACAAGUGAUACCUGUACAGAUUGGACCACACCAGUAACGAAAUGUAGACAAUAAAACUCAGUCCUUAUUGAUGUCAACAACAAUGAAGAAAAUGUUUACAUACAGCACCUCCACGAUGGAGAUAAAUCCUGGCUGGGGUUGAAUGACAGAUCAAAAGAGGGCAAUUUUAGUUGGGUUGAUCGUGGACAUGGAAACUUUACAUCCUGGGCCGAGAAUCAGCCGAAUAAUUUCAUAAAAGAAGACUGUGUACUUGCGCUCGGUAUGAAACGCGACUAUGAAUGGAAGGACGUGCAGUGCAGUGAUUGUCACGGUUCACUUGUAAGAAAGAUUUAAAUGAAUGUCAAAAGGAAUGGAAUUACUGUUACAGCCUUGAAAUGUGUUUCAAUGAACGUGGCUCGCACAAAUGCAAAUGUGGC